ACAAACCUGAUAAUUCUUCGCCCCAUCCCACCCAUUCGCUGGCUCCCCCUUCAGUUUCAGCUCGCCUCUCGCCUCUCGCCGUCUUCGCGCAUCCCAGAUGUCUCGUCGAUUUUGAUGGGCGCGGCGCUGUUUUUGCGGUGAUUUUGUCGUUGUUUGUUCCCCCGACCCGCCCCGUGGAGCGGCCAUGGUGAAGACCCCCACUAGCACCCCCAAGGCCAAGGCCAAGGCCAAGGCGGCCUCUUCCGGCAGUGCUGCCCGGCCGUCCCCGGCGGGCGCUUCCGGCUCUGGCUCGGCGAAGGCGUCGAAGUUUAAGAAACGGAAAGCCGUUGGCACCGGUGCGAAGGUCGCGGCCACUGCUGCGGCAGCGGCCGAUGGGGCGGCCUCCGCGGUCGCUGCCGGCAGGGACGACCCUGCCCCUGCAUCUGCGCCGAAACGGUCCACCCCUUCUGGAGGGUCGCCUGCGGCAUCUUUGAAGCCAGCCACCGUGGCUGAAGGAUCGUCUGCUGCCCAGGUACCGGCACCAAAGCCAGACACCGCUGAAGAAGCAUCAGCGUCGACUCCAAAACCGAAGCCAAAGCCAAAGCCAAAGCCAAAGCCGGCUGAUGCUGCAGCUGCCACCAGCAAUGGGGCGGGUGCUAGCGGUAGUGGUGGUAGCAAGAAGAAGAACAAGAAGGGGCAUAAGGAGAGGCUUAUGGCUUGGAAGGGAAAGGGGAAGCAGGAGGAGGCACAGGGGAAUAAGAAGGGGACGGUGAAGGAGGAGGGAGCCAAGAAAGAAGGGGGUGGUGGUGAUAGCAGGGGAGGAGGGCUUAUCUUCAUGUGCAAUGCACAGACUAAGCCGGAGUGCUUCAAGAACCGCGUGUUUGGCAUGCCCAUGGGGAAGAAGGAGAUGGUGGAGAAGGUCCGACCAGGGACAAAGGUAUUCCUGUAUGAUUUCGACUUGAGGCUGCUAUAUGGGGUGUACAAGGCGACAUCAAAGGGCGGGAUAAACCUUGUCAGAAAUGUAUUUAACGGGAAGUUUCCUGCUCAGGUGAGAUUUACGACUGAUAGAGAUUGCCUUCCUCUUCCUGAGAGUAGUUUCAAGCAUGCCAUCAAAGAGAACUACAGUGCAAGCCGCAAAUUCGACCCUGAGAUCACCUCUACACAAGUUCGUAGGCUGAUGGCUCUAUUCAAGCCUAGCACUGUACACCAAUCAGCUCUAAGGGGUCAUCUAGAUGAAAGGUACGGCCAUGAAGAAAGUAGGCAUCAACAUGAAGAUAGGCCACAUCCAUUGCAUGUUGAAGACAGGCGCCCGCAGGUGGUUGUACAUGUUCCUCCUCCUGAGGACUCAUAUAGGGCAACACACUUUGCUCCAUUUCCUACCGAGUCCCGACCUGGUCAAUUUGUCCAGGAUGAUCACAUAUAUUAUCAACAAGCGCCUCCUGCACCCGAGUCUCAACACAUUCCUCUUGCCCCAGAGCCUCGCCAUGUUCCUCUUGCCGCAGGGCCUCACUAUAUGCCUUCUGUACCAGAGCCUCGGCAUGUCCCAUCAGCGUAUUACCACCAUUUGGCUCCUUCAUCUGAUGAUUCUUACUACCGUUCUCGAGUGGAUCCAGUGCAUGAGCGCGUUGCUGCCAGAACACCUCCAAGGGAUUACGCAGCGCCGCUGGGGGAGUUGGCUGCUCGUGCUGACCAUAUGACGGAGCUCUACCGGACCACUGUUCGUGAUGCUCGCCUGGAGGAUCCUUACCGCCCAGGAGAGCUUGCUGUCCGUGGUACUCGUGUGGAGGAUCACUACCGUCCAGGAGAGAUUGCUUCUCACGGUGCUCGUGUGGAGGAUCUCUACCGCCCAGGAGAGAUUGCUUCUCGUGGUGCUCGUGUGGAGGAUCUCUACCGUCCAGGAGAGAUUGCUGCUCGUGGUGCUCGUAUGGAGGAUCUCUACCGUCCAGGAGACGUUGCUGCUCGUGAUGCUCGUAUGGAGGAUCCCUACCGUCAAGGAGGGCUAGAUGCUCGUGGUUCUUAUGGGGGGCUCUACCGUUCUGACCAGCGAGUCGCUCGUGCCGUGGAUCUCCCACAUUCUUAUGAGACCUCCAACCCUGCUUAUGCUGAAACCAGUCAGAGACCUCUCCCUGCUGCAAGGACGAAUGGACCAGGUGUGCCGGUUUCCUCACUCUAUUCCUUUGCUGGAGCGCCAGCAUAUCGAUGAUUUUUCUCAGCAUUUAACAUGCCGUGCCUCGAGUCGGUUGUACUGCCAGUCAGCAUCGUCUUAUGUUUACUUUUGGUUAAAACUAUAGCAGUCAGCCUCGUUGGAUGUUUACUUUGGUUAAAACUAUAGCGUAACUGAAGUCGGGAUUUUUUUUCUCUUAUCUUGUAUGCCUGUUAAACUGCUUACAGGAUGAAUGUCAUUCAGGUUCAGACUA